GGAUAAAAUGAUUUAUCCAAAAAUUAUAUAAAGGAGCUGAUUGUCUGUCUAAUCAAGGACAGUGGUCUUACGUAGGACGAAACAUGUCGUUUUAGUGAAACGAAAUUCUAUAAUUCUUCUUGGGUUACUGCCCUUUGUUCCAAAGACGCCAUUUGCACAUCACGUUUUUAAGAUUCUUUUGGUCAUCAGUGGAGUUCUUUUAAGAUGACAGACAGUGAUGAUGAUACUCCAACUCUGUCAGCUGACACUUUAUCUGCACUGAAUGAGUUCUAUGCAGAACAGACUAAGGAACAGAAGCAAAUUGAAGAAGCUCUUCAAGCAGGACAAAUUAAAGAUGUAAAUUUGAAAGAAGACUGGCAAUUAAGUCAGUUUUGGUACACUGAUGAGACAGCCCAGAGACUGGCAGAAGAGGUGUUGUCUCUCGCUGGAAAAGAAGGCAGGAUAGCAUGUAUCAGCGCCCCAACAGCUUACAAGAAAAUUACAGAGAUCAAACCAGACACUUGUAACGUAAAAUGUUUAGAAUUUGACAAACGAUUCCAGAUCUACGGUGAUGAUUUUCAGUUUUAUGACUACAAAGAACCUUUAAAUUUACCACUGGAUUGGAAAGAGAGCUUUGAUAUAGUGAUUGCAGACCCACCAUUUCUGUCUGAAGAGUGUCUGUGUAAAACGGCGGUAACAGCGAAAUUUCUGACCAAAGGAAAAAUAAUCUUAUGUACAGGAGCAGUAAUGGAGGAGUUAGCAGUCAAGUUACUGGAUGCUCGGCCAUGCUCAUAUUUACCCCAACAUAAAAAUCAGCUGCAGAAUGAUUUCAGAUGUUUUACUAACUAUGACAGUGUGUUAUUGAAUCAGUCUUGAUGACACUUCAUCUGUUUGUAGUUAUACUUAAUAUAAAUGGACUGGUUGAACAUUGGUUAAUGUACUUUAUUCUUAGGAUUUUCUCUAAAUAUUAAGGGAUGUUGUUUUGUUUUUUGGAAAAACAAUAUUUUUGUACAGUACAAAAGAGUGUUUUUAGGUUGCCCGUUUCGAAGAAAAGUCAUGCUAUUAUGAUAGCUGCGUUAUUGUCAGCAUUCUGCAAAAACUUAAAUGUGAACCAUUAUUCAAACAUUUUAACUGAUGCCAACAUGAAACUUAUCAUGACAAGGUGAAGUCUUUAGACAAAGGAGCAUAAUUCUGAAAGCUAUAUUUUUGGUAUUAUGCCUUUUUUAGCUCACCUGAGCAUGCUCAGGGUGAGUUU